UUCAGCAACAGCAGCCUAUGAGUUAGUAUUUCCUCUAAUUUUUCGAAAUCUGUGGGAAGUGUUUCCCAAUUUCCUUUGGUUGUUUCAUGUCCCAUAUUGAAGAAAACAUGAGUAUGAAAGGGAACCUCAGCUCUUUCAAUGACUUCUCUUUUUGGGUUGACUCCGCCUCCAUAUGUAGCCUUUUCAUUUUCAUGAGAGUGAAGUGAUUUUUAGAAUUCUUAGUCCUUUUCUUUAGAAGAACAUUUCUACGGAACAAUACAAGAAGAUUUAAGAAUCAUUGAAGUUAUAAAACUUUGGAAUGAACAAACUCAGAAUGGUGCCACUUGAAGACUCUGGAUCUGCUGACGUCAGAAGACAUUUUGUCAACUUGAGUCCCUUCACUAUUGCUGUGAUCUUACUUCUCAGUGCCUGUUUUGUCACCAGUUCUCUUGGAGGAGCAGACAAGGAGCUGAGGCUAGUGGAUGGUGAAAACAAGUGUAGUGGGAGAGUGGAAGUGAAAGUCCAGGAGGAGUGGGGAACGGUGUGUAAUAAUGGCUGGAGCAUGGAAGCAGUCUCUGUGAUUUGUAACCAGCUGGGAUGUCCAACUGCUAUCAAAGCCACUGGAUGGGCUAAUUCCAGUGCAGGUUCUGGACGCAUUUGGAUGGAUCAUGUUUCUUGUCGUGGGAAUGAGUCAGCUCUUUGGGACUGCAAACAUGAUGGAUGGGGAAAGCAUAGUAACUGUACUCACCAACAAGAUGCUGGAGUGACCUGCUCAGAUGGAUCCAAUUUGGAAAUGAGGCUGACGAAUGGAGGGAAUAUGUGUUCUGGAAGAAUAGAGAUCAAAUUCCAAGGACAGUGGGGAACAGUGUGUGAUGAUAACUUCAACAUCGAUCAUGCAUCUGUGGUUUGUAAACAACUUGAAUGUGGAAGUGCUGUCAGUUUCUCUGGUUCAGCUAAUUUUGGAGAAGGCUCUGGACCAAUCUGGUUUGAUGAUCUUAUAUGCAACGGAAAUGAGUCAGCUCUCUGGAACUGCAAACAUCAAGGAUGGGGAAAGCAUAACUGUGAUCAUGCUGAGGAUGCUGGAGUGAUUUGCUCAAAGGGAGCAGAUCUGAGCCUGAGACUGGUAGAUGGAGUCACUGAAUGUUCAGGAAGAUUAGAAGUGAGAUUCCAAGGAGAAUGGGGGACAAUAUGUGAUGACGGCUGGGACAGUCAUGAUGCUGCUGUGGCAUGCAAGCAACUGGGAUGUCCAACUGCUAUCACCGCCAUUGGUCGAGUUAACGCCAGUGAGGGAUUUGGACACAUCUGGCUUGACAGUGUUUCUUGCCAGGGACAUGAACCUGCGGUCUGGCAAUGUAAACACCAUGAAUGGGGAAAGCAUUAUUGCAAUCACAAUGAAGAUGCUGGCGUAACAUGUUCUGAUGGAUCAGAUCUGGAGCUAAGACUUAGAGGUGGAGGCAGCCGCUGUGCUGGGACAGUUGAGGUGGAGAUUCAGAGACUGUUAGGGAAGGUGUGUGACAGAGGCUGGGGACUGAAAGAAGCUGAUGUGGUUUGCAGGCAGCUGGGAUGUGGAUCUGCACUCAAAACAUCCUAUCAAGUAUACUCCAAAAUCCAGGCAACAAACACGUGGCUGUUUCUAAGUAGCUGUAAUGGAAAUGAAACUUCUCUUUGGGACUGCAAGAACUGGCAAUGGGGUGGACUUACCUGUGAUCACUAUGAAGAAGCCAAAAUUACCUGCUCAGCCCACAGGGAACCCAGACUGGUUGGAGGAGACAUUCCCUGUUCUGGACGCGUUGAAGUGAAGCAUGGUGACACAUGGGGCUCCGUCUGUGAUUCGGACUUCUCUCUGGAAGCUGCCAGCGUUCUAUGCAGGGAAUUACAGUGUGGCACAGUCGUCUCUAUCCUGGGGGGAGCUCACUUUGGAGAGGGAAAUGGACAGAUCUGGGCUGAAGAAUUCCAGUGUGAGGGACAUGAGUCCCAUCUUUCACUCUGCCCAGUAGCACCACGCCCAGAAGGAACUUGUAGCCACAGCAGGGAUGUUGGAGUAGUCUGCUCAAGGUACACAGAAAUUCGCUUGGUGAAUGGCAAGACCCCAUGUGAGGGCAGAGUGGAGCUCAAAACGCUUGAUGCCUGGGGAUCCCUCUGCAACUCUCACUGGGACAUAGAAGAUGCCCACGUUCUUUGCCAGCAGCUUAAAUGUGGAGUUGCCCUUUCUACCCCAGGAGGAGCACAUUUUGGAAAAGGAAAUGGUCAGGUCUGGAGGCAUAUGUUUCACUGCACUGGGACUGAGCAGCACAUGGGAGAUUGUCCUGUAACUGCUCUGGGUGCUUCACUAUGUCCUUCAGGGCAAGUGGCCUCUGUAAUUUGCUCAGGAAACCAGUCCCAAACACUGUCCUCGUGCAAUUCAUCAUCUCUGGGCCCAACAAGGCCUACCAUUCCAGAAGAAAGUGCUGUGGCCUGCAUAGAGAGUGGUCAACUUCGCCUGGUAAAUGGAGGAGGUCGCUGUGCUGGGAGAGUAGAGAUCUAUCAUGAGGGCUCCUGGGGCACCAUCUGUGAUGACAGCUGGGACCUGAGUGAUGCCCACGUGGUGUGCAGACAGCUGGGCUGUGGAGAGGCCAUUAAUGCCACUGGUUCUGCUCAUUUUGGAGAAGGAACAGGGCCCAUCUGGCUGGAUGAGAUGAAAUGCAAUGGAAAAGAAUCCCGCAUUUGGCAGUGCCAUUCACAUGGCUGGGGGCAGCAAAACUGCAGGCACAAGGAGGAUGCAGGAGUUAUCUGCUCAGAAUUCAUGUCUCUGAGACUGACCAGUGAAGCCAGCAGAGAGGCCUGUGCAGGGCGUCUAGAAGUUUUUUACAACGGAGCUUGGGGCAGUGUUGGCAGGAGUAGCAUGUCUGAAACCACUGUGGGUGUGGUGUGCAGGCAGCUGGGCUGUGCAGACAAAGGGAAAAUCAACCCUGCAUCUUUCGACAAGGCCAUGUCCAUUCCCAUGUGGGUGGACAAUGUUCAGUGUCCAAAAGGACCUGACACGCUGUGGCAGUGCCCAUCAUCUCCAUGGGAGAAGAGACUGGCCAGGCCCUCGGAGGAGACCUGGAUCACGUGUGACAACAAGAUAAGACUACAAGAAGGACCCACUUCCUGUUCUGGACGUGUGGAGAUCUGGCAUGGAGGUUCCUGGGGGACAGUGUGUGAUGACUCCUGGGACUUGAAUGAUGCUCAGGUGGUGUGUCAACAACUUGGCUGUGGUCCAGCUUUGAAAGCAUUCAAAGAAGCAGAGUUUGGUCAGGGGACUGGACCCAUAUGGCUCAAUGAAGUGAAGUGCAAAGGGAAUGAGUCUUCCUUGUGGGAUUGUCCUGCCAGACGCUGGGGCCACAGUGAGUGUGGACACAAGGAAGACGCUGCAGUGAAUUGCACAGAUAUUUCAGCGCACAAAAACCCACAAAAAGCCACAACAGGUCACACAUCCCGUCAGUCAUCCCUUAUUGCAGUCGGAAUCCUUGGAGUUGUUCUCUUGGCCAUUUUCGUCGCGUUAUUCUUGACUCAAAAGCGAAGACAGAGAGAGCGGCUUGCAGUUUCCUCAAGAGGAGAGAACUUAGUCCACCAAAUUCAAUACAGGGAGAUGAAUUCUUGCCUGAAUGCAGAUGAUCUGGACCUAAUGAAUUCCUCAGAAAAUUCCAAUGAGUCAGCUGAUUUCAAUGCUGCUGAACUAAUUUCUGUGUCUAAAUUUCUUCCUAUUUCUGGAACGGAAAAGGAGGCCAUUCUGAGGCACACUGAAAAGGAAAAUGGGAAUUUAUAACCCAGUGAGCCUUGAAGAUACCUUGAUGAAGACCUGGACUAUUCAAUGGAGCAGAAAUUCACCUCCCUCACUGACUAUUACAGUUGCAUUUUUAUGGAGUUCUUCUUCUCCUAGUAUUCCUAAGACUGCUGCUGACUUUAUAAAAAUUAAGUUUGUGAAUGUGACUACUUAAUAGUGUAUAUGAGACUUUCAAGGGAAUUAAAUAAGUAAAUAAAUAAGAAUAUUACUGA